UAUUUUAUCAAAAGUUACUAUUUUUCCAAAUUUUUUUUGUUUGUAAAACUAUUUAUUAAAUUUAUUUUCAAAAAUAUUAAAGAGUGUUAUAAGAAAAUAUGACACAAAAUAUAGAUUAGUCUAAAUGCACAUAGUUACCAUUUUUUUGCUUUAAAAAAAAUAGUUUUCCCAAAAAUAAUUUGGAUUUGCUAAGUGCGUUAAUUUAGGAAUUCUGUCCCGUUUUUUUUACUGUUUUCGUGAUUGGUGACUUUUUCAGUUUUCAUUCCACGCACCGCUUUUAUUUGACGAUUCGCAACCUCAAUUUGACGUCAUCAAGAAGGUCAAUGCUGUCAAACGCAUUCAAUUUCAUAAUACUCAUCGGUUUCACAAAAAUAAUUUUUUAUUUAUCUUUCAAAGAGUUAGUUCUAUAUUUUCAAUGUGAUUUUCAUAUAUAUAAUCAUUUCCUACCCUUUUAAACAAUUAAUAAAUUUAUAUUUAAAUCAUUUUAUUUUAUUAAACUGUACAUUAAGUAAGAUUAUGUUAAUAUAUUUUGUAAUUUUCUUAUUUCACAUGAAAUGUGUCAAAAUAAACUUUUUGAGAAACAUAAAGAAUAUAAAGUUACAUUUUUGUUUUGGAAUUACUCCAACGACUUUAAUUAUUAAACAAGGUAUGGUCACUUUAAUUAACCCGUAGAUAAGGCAAAGAAAACCUCAUCUGCACAAUGUGCAGAGGCCCUAAUUUUCUAUUUAGGCAUUAUUCGUUUUUUAUGUUGGAUGCUACACUUCGAUGCAAAUAUUAUUUUCAAAACUAUAACAUCUAUAGAAUCUGAAUAUUUGAGAUGAAAAUUAUAGAGUUUAGAUGUAAAAUUUGCAUUUCAAAAUCCAAAAGGCUUAAAUAAGAUUCAUUACAAAAAAAACUAGUUUAUAUUAAUAAGAAUAAUAAUAAUAACAAUAUUAUAUAUAUUAAAACAUAAGAUUAUUUCCCGUAAAACUGUAAAUUAAAUUUUAAUAUCAUACAGUAAAAUGAAGUUUUUCUGCUAAAACAUAAUAUUUAGUUUAUUUUUGCCAAAAUUGCAAAGUCACAUUUUUUGCCAAAACAUUAAAUUGAAUUCUCCGUCAUAACCGUAAAUCAUAUUUUUCCCUAACCGCAAAUUUCCCUAACUGAAUAUUUGAGAUGAAAAUUAUAGAGUUUAGAUGUAAAAUUUGCAUUUCAAAAUCCAAAAGGCUUAAAUAAGAUUCAUUACAAAAAAAACUAGUUUAUAUUAAUAAGAAUAAUAAUAAUAACAAUAUUAUAUAUAUUAAAACAUAAGAUUAUUUCCCGUAAAACUGUAAAUUAAAUUUUAAUAUCAUACAGUAAAAUGAAGUAUUUCUGCUAAAACAUAAUAUUUAGUUUAUUUUUGCCAAAAUUGCAAAGUCACAUUUUUUGCCAAAACAUUAAAUUGAAUUCUCCGUCAUAACCGUAAAUCAUAUUUUUCCCUAACCGCAAAUUUUUUUUUUUUUGCCAAAACCAAAAAAUCAUUAAAUCAAAUUUCCUAUGAAAACCGUAAAAUUGGAUUUCGUGCCAAAACCUUAAAAUCAGAUAUUCUAAAAUAAAUAUAAUUAUUAUUUUGUUACAAAUGUAAUUCAAACAUAAUUAUUCAAAUACAACAGUUAAUUAACAAUUAAUUAUAUAAAUAAUGUCAUAUAUAGUUUUCUUUUGAAGUAAUAGCAUUAAAAUGCUACUAUAAAAUAAAAUAAAAACGAACAAUUUAAUAUCUAAAUGUUGUAUCUAGAUGUAAUAUAAACUAUAAAAGUUAAUACAUUUGAAUGUAAAAUCUAAAUAUUGUAUUCAGAUGAUGCAACUAAAUGCAAAAACGAACUGCCUUUAGUUAGCACCAUAGUUGUAUACUACUUACUCAGAUGUUAAAGUUGUUAUUAAACUAAAAAAUGAGUUUUGCGGCAAGCUGUUGGUGCAGACUUGGCCGAGUCUCGGGAUAUUGGUUAUAGCGGUUGUGUGUGCCCCCUUGUAACUAAAUUGAGUUUGUGUUUAAAGUUUUAUUUUCUUUUCAGUGCUUCUUGUUAACCUUUGUAAUUCUGUCAAAAAUGAAAAAGUUUUAAAAUAAUAUCUUUACUUUUUUACCAAAAAAAUAAAAAUAAAAAACCAAAUCAGCAGCGUUGUCCUUUUCUCAAAUUUAAAUAUUUUAUAAGUAAAACAAAAAUAAUAAUUUUGUAAGAUUACAGUCUUUUCAUUUUCUUUAUUCGGUCACACUCUCUUGACAGUUUCGUCAUCCAUGUAUUAGCUAAUAUAUAAAGAAACGAAACAGCUUCGAGGGAAAGAGAACAUCACGAGAAAAUCUGCUGCCAUGGCUUCAAAGCUCGUGAUUAUCAUUGUGUUCAUUCUUGAUCUCAUCGCUGUUGGACUAGCCAUUGCCGCCGAGCAAAGAAGAAGCGUCGGUAAGGUUGUACCUGACAAGGAGAAAGUAUAUGAGUACUGUGAGUAUGGCUCAGACAUAGCUACAAGUUAUGGUGCUGGUGCUUUUGUGCUUCUCUUGACAACUCAAGUCAUUAUUAUGUUGGCUAGCAAGUGCUUCUGCUGCGGCAAGGCUCUUAGCCCUGGUGGUUCAAGAGCUUGUGCCAUCAUCCUCUUCCUCAUUUGCUGGGUGUUUUUCUUGAUUGCUGAGAUAUGUUUGCUCGCGGCAUCAAUCAGAAACGCGUACCACACUAAGUACAGGAAGAUGUGGAACGUGGAUGAGCCUCCUAGCUGUGAAGUGAUACGUAAAGGAGUGUUUGCAGCUGGUGCUUCAUUCGCACUCUUCACUGCUAUAGUCUCUCAGUUCUACUACGUCUGCUAUUCUCGUGCCAGAGAUGAUUACAAGAACCCACCUUACUAGUGGAACAGUUUGUUUCAUUUCUCACUGAUUAUAUACGGUAUCAAAGAUCUAAUGGUUGUUACUGAUUUGCUUAUUGCUUGUAUUCGUUUAAGCCCACAUUGAAAUUACCAUAACAUUUUCCGAA